CAGCAAACCGCCCGUAAGUCGACAGGAGGCAAGGCUCCUCGCAAGCAACUCGCUACCAAGCAGACCAGGAAGAGUAUUGCGGCCGCCGCCACUGGAGGUGUGAAGAAGCCUCAUCGCUUCAGACCUGGCACAGUCGCCCUCCGUGAAAUCAGGAGGUACCAGAAGUCCACCGAGCUGCUCAUCCGCAAGCUCCCCUUCCAGAGGCUCGUGCGCGAGAUCGCCCAGGACUUCAAGACUGACCUCCGCUUCCAGUCAUCCGCUGUUCUUGCCCUGCAAGAGGCUAGCGAGGCUUAUCUGGUAUCUCUCUUUGAGGACACCAAUCUGGCUGCCAUUCACGCUAAGAGGGUCACCAUUCAGCCCAAGGAUCUCGCUCUCGCUCGUCGUCUCCGGGGCGAACGUUCCUAA